UUAAUUUUAUUAAUCCCUUUAGGGAAAGUAUUCCUCUGCAUUUUGACCCAUCCUAGAAUUAGGAGCAGUGGGCUGCCACACAGAGUAGCGCCCGGGGAGCAUUGGGAGUUGGGUACCUUGCUCAGGGGUACCCCAGCCCUUUUUGGCCAGGUGGGGAUUUGAACCGGCGACCUUCCGGUUACAAGUCAAGUUCCCUUCAAGUAGUAUGACUUUUAUCUAUGUAGAAGUAGUCUUGGAAAGAAGUCCAUUAGGUAGGAACAGUGGUCUGAUACUUGCCCAGCCCACAAUCCAUUGUUUUAGACUUGCUUUGAUGAAUAAGUAUAAAGCCUUGUUCUAAAAUCAAACUGAACUAUACUGGCUUGGUGUUGACACUGCUUCCACUGUGCAGUGAAUAAAACUCAUCUGAAGCAGCCACAGAAUUGGACCUGAAGGAAUCUUUAUUCUUUUACAACUUGACCAUACGUUGACGCAAUCAUGCCCCCCGCUGCAGAAACCAAACUAGGUUACACACCACCUGAUGGAGGCUGGGGCUGGGCUGUGGUCUUUGGUGCUUUCAUCUCUAUCGGCUUCUCCUAUGCCUUUCCCAAGUCCCUCACUGUCUUCUUUAAGGAAAUUCAGGCGUAUUUUUCAGUUUCCUACAGUGAGAUUGCUUGGGUGUCUUCAGUCAUGCUUGCCACUAUGUAUGCAGCAGGACCUGUGAGUAGUAUACUCGUCAACCGCUAUGGCAGCAGACCAGUGGUUAUGGUCGGUGGGCUGAUGGUCAGUGCCGGUAUGGUGCUUGCUUCUUUUGGCACUAGUAUCAUACAUCUCUAUCUUUGCGUUGGCGUUAUUGGAGGUCUUGGCCUUGCCUUCAACCUGCAACCAUCCCUGGCAAUUGUGGGGACAUACUUCCAUGUCAAAAGGCCGCUGGCGAACGGGCUUGCAAUGACAGGAAGUCCUGUUGUUCUGUUCACUCUGGCUCCUUUAAAUCAGUUUCUGUUUGACUGUUUUGGUUGGAGAGGGAGCUUCCUCAUCCUCGGAGCAAUAGUUCUGAACUGCUGCGUCGCUGGUGCUCUUAUGAGACCAGUCAACAAAAGUGUUAAACCCCAACCAAAGACUGAAACACCACCGGCAGUCUCCGAGGAGGACAGUGCGCAGUCAUCUGACCUUCAAAUUGAAGAAAACCAAACUGAGAGCAGGUGUCAAGGCUGUGUGCAAAGAUUCAUAGAUUUCUCACUUUUUAAACACAGAGGCUUCCUCAUUUAUCUCAGCGGUAAUGUGGUCAUGUUCUUUGGCCUUUUUGCACCUGUGGUAUUUCUGGCACCAUAUGCCAGACAUCAAGGGAUUGAUGAAUAUUCAUCAGCGUUCUUGCUUUCUAUUUUUGCUCUGGUUGACAUGUUUGUCAGACCACUAACUGGCCUCCUUGGCAACACCAAGUGGAUUAGGCCAAGGAUCCAAUAUUUUUUCAGUUUUGCUGUUUUAUUCAACGGCGUGUGUCAUCUGUUGUGCCCACUGGCACAAGGAUACGCAGGUCUGGUAUUAUAUACCGUCUUCUUUGGAAUGGCUUUCGGGAUGCUUUGUGCACUUCUCUUUGAAGUUCUCAUGGACCUCAUUGGAGCUCAACAUUUCUCCAGUGCAGUUGGACUUGUCACCAUCAUUGAGUGUGGACCAGUGCUUCUUGGACCUCCAAUUUCAGGAGCCUUGGUGGAUGCUUUUGGGGAUUAUAAAUACAUGUUCUACGCUUGCGGUGUGAUACUGACGGCAUGUGGCAUAUAUUUCUUUGUCAUGCAUUUCUACAACUACAAGAAACUGGAUGAGGAGCGGAAGCAGAGUUUGGCUGCGGAGAGGCGGACUUCAGAAGAGGCAGUCAAACUUAAAAUGAGUCCAGAUGAUAAAGCAGCAUAUGAAGCAGAAGGAUGAAUAUCACUCAGUAUUUGAAAAAAAUAACGUUUAUUUGACUUCUUGGACUGUUAGUUUAACAUUUAGUGCUUCAAUUGUUGUUUUAUGUAUAGCAAUAGUACUUUUACUGUAACUCUAAUGGCUUUUCUUCAAUAAUUCAAAAGUGUCUGUUCCUUUCACUACAGUUAUUAUAAUGGCUCUACAAAUUCCCUAAGGGACUUGUGAAUCAAACCAAGAAUCCAGGAGAUGCAUCACAUAUUUUUUUAUUAUUAUUAUUGUUGUUAUUCUCCUUGGACCACUAGAUGGCACUGGACACUGACACUAUCAUGUGAAAAGUGGUCAAAGAGAAACACAGCACUCCUCAUUAAACUGCACUUCAACUAAAACCACCACCAUUGAAGGUAUGGUUCCACCACCACAACCUAAGUGUCAUCAAGGGCACAGCAGUUCAAGAAACCAGAAUAUUAAAUGUCUGGUGGGUUUUUAUCCCAGAAUUCACCUAACAAAUUUACCUCUCAGUUUUCAUGAUGGAAUCAAUAUUCUUCAAGCUUUAGUAUCACAGUCAUCUGUAAAAUAUUUUUUUGCCCAAAAUAAAAUCAAGUAUUUAAAAUAACUUUUAAAUACUUGACUCUUAUCUGUGGUUGUAAAGAUCUAUAUCUAACUUAAAUACAGCCACAGGCCACCAAAUAGUUCAGUGGUUUGUGUAUUUUUAGUAUGACACUAAAACGUAUUUCUGUAUAGCUAACAACCGAACAAUGCAAGGUCAAAUAUUCUGAGUCAUGUAAUAUGUUGCAGAGAGAAAUACGUGUGAACUCAUGCCAAAUCACACUAUCUUCCCACGUGUCAACAUACUGCUUGAUAACAGUCCCUUAGUCUCCGGCCUUGAGCACCUGCAAUAAAAGAUGCAUGCAUGGAUGAGCCUUUCGUUAAAAGAACAAUGACAUUAUUACAGAUGAAUGUUUAAAUGAUCUUUCCCUUAUCUUGUCCCUGCAAGGUGCAUAUUGACUGUCUUCUUCAGAUGGGGGCGAAAAUUGCUUAUGCGACUCAAAUCAAUACGUUUAUUUACAACCUUAGAUAACAUUAUCUGGAAAUCAGAUAAGUCCAUGGCUUAUGGGUGAAUGGACUUCUAUUUAAAUUCUGGUUUAAUUUCAAUUAAUCAAAAAAAAACACUGAGCCAAAAUUUAACUGGGUCUGAGUGAACAUAACACCAAAGAAAGACUGUGAACUUAAGGUUUCUCUCACCAAGAUAUGGCAUUACUUUAUUGACUAUUUGAUAAAACCUAUACUUAUGGAAGUAUAUACGGAUACCUCAUUAAAAGAAAACCUCAUUACUACUACUUAUAGUAAAAUGUAUGUAUAUGGUGGUAUAUACAAAGCCCUGAUAUUUAAAUACAGUCUCAUUCAUAUUUUUUUAACAUGGAUUGAGCAUAUUAUUUUGUUGAUCAAUUCAUAUAUUUAGUGGAUUGUAAAAUGAAUGAUAAUAAAGACAAACAACCCUUGUAUGAAA